UGGGAUGGUCAACUAUCUGUCUAAGUUCUAUGACCACCUCUCAGAUGACUGUGAAAUUCUGAGACAACUCACGCGCAAGGAGAACUUGUGGGAAUGGACAGAUAUCCAAGAAGGGGCGUUUCAAAGGCUGAAAGACAAAAUCGCUCAAGCACCAGUACUGCAGUACUACAACAAGGAAGAGGAGUUGACACUUCAAUGUGAUGCAUCAGACACAGGACUGGGGGCAGCCCUGACACAGAAAGGCAAACCGGUAGCUUUUGGCAGUAGGGCACUCACACCAACUGAAAAAGGUUAUGCCCAAAUAGAAAAAGAAUGCUUAGCCAUCAUGUUUGGUAUGGAAAAGUUUCAUCAAUAUACUUAUGGUAGAGAGGUCACAGUACAGAGCGACCACAAGCCUCUCGAGAAUAUACACAGUAAGCCCUUACUUAGUGCACCUAAGAGACUACAGAGAAUGCUACUCAGGCUGCAGCAGUAUGAUAUUAGAGUAACCUAUGUUCCAGAUAGGGAUAUGCUACUUGCAGACACGCUGAGUAGAGCAUACUUACCAGAGAGCACCAGAGGAGAGAGUGAGACAGAUAUAGAGACUGUAAAUAUGGUCAACUACCUACCCAUUUCAGCAGAGAGGCUGAGUGCCAUCAGGGCUGUAACAAAAGAUGACCCAAAGUUGCAGAGUGUGGCAAAUAGAAUACUGUUAGGGUGGCCCAAGAGGAAACAAGACCUACCAAGUGACAUCAGACACUACCACACCUUCCAAGAGGAACUGAGCUUCCAGGAUGGCAUUGUGUUCCGAGGAGACAGAGCCGUGAUACCGGACGCACUCAGGGUGGACAUCACUCACAGGAUCCACUCCUCUCACCUGGGAGUAGAAGGAUGUCUGAGACGGGCGAGGGAAUGUGUAUACUGGCUUGGAAUGAAUGAGGAGAUCAAGAACUUCAUCUCCAAAUGCGACAUAUGUAGGUCAGUGGACCCAAAGCAACAAAGAGAGACACUACACCCACAUGACAUGGCAAGCAGACCCUGGGCCAAGGGGAUCCCAGACAUUGUUAUCUCAGAUAACGGACCCCAAUAUGCAUCACUAGAGUUUGAGCACUUCAGCCAGAAGUGGGGCUUUGAACAUAGGACAUCGUCGCCGGGAUACCCGCAGAGUAAUGGGAAGGCAGAGUCAGCGGUGAAAACAGCCAAACGCCUGAUGUUGAAGGCUGCAGCAGCGAGACAGGAUCCGUACUUGGCCAUGCUGGAUCAUCGCAACACACCGAGCCAGGGCCUCAACACAAGCCCGGCGCAGAGACUUCUAAGCAGGAGGACCAGGACCCUGCUUCCCACUAAGGACACUCUGCUGAAGCCUGAGGUAACACACAACGAACAGGGACUGAAAUACAACAGACAGAGACAGGAAAAGUACUACAACCGCACAGCAAAAGACAUGGACUCUCUGGAAGGAGGGGCCAGUGUGAGAGUACAGCCCUGUGACACACACCAGGGCUGGAGACCAGCGAAAGUGGUUCAGCAGGUUAGCCAUAGAUCAUAUAAGGUGGAGUUAGAGUCAGGAGGGGUUUUGAGACGAAAUCGUCACCACCUCAGGCACGAUCUCACCAAGCGCACGAUUACACAAAACACACCCACACCAACAGUGACGGAGGUGGCCAUACCACCGGGUGGCCCAGUGAACCAAGAGACGGUCACCAGAUCGUUAUCAGGUCCUCGAUCGUUAUCAGGUUUUUCCUCUGCUAAAUCUGCCCACCUGAGCUCCCUCUGUGGCCCUCCUGGAUCCUCCUGCUGGCUCUGUGGAGAAGACUGCCAGGUGCUGCUCGGUCCCGCUCUCAGCCCCUACCAGAUCGCUGCCCCCCUCCAUGCUCUCACAUCCAUAAAGGUCCCUUUUGAUUGGAAUCCUGAGGCUAACUCUGCCUUCUCUGACCUUAAGGAUAGAUUCUCCCAUGCUCCAAUUCUCAUCCAUCCAGACCCCUCCAAGCAGUUCAUCAUGGAGGUUGAUGCUUCGGACACUGACGUUGGAGCAGUUCUCUCUCAGUGUUCGGACCAGGACCAAAAACUGCACCCCUGCGCCUUCUUCUCCUGA